AUGACCACUGAUCAAAAUCACGAAAACGAUCGGAGGAUUGGGGACGAUGCCACAUGGAAAAUUAUCCAAAAAAAUACUUUUACUAGGUGGAUUAAUGAAAGGCUUAAAAUUGCAGACAAGCACAUUGAAAAUAUUGAGACCGACUUAUCAGAUGGCUUGAAAUUAAUAGCAUUACUUGAGAUUUUAUCUGGUAAAAAGUUUCAAAAAUACAACAAAAACCCUGUAUUUAGACCCCAGAAACUUGAAAAUGUUACCAUGGCUUUGAAGUUUUUGCAGUCAAAUGAAAGAAUAAGGAUUGUUAACAUUGACAGUACAGACAUUGUGGACCACAACUUGAAACUGAUUCUCGGUCUGGUCUGGAUGCUGAUCAACCACUAUUCCAUCUCCAUUCCUAACUGGGGGGAUGAUGACGACAACGCCGUCGAAGUCAACUCUCAAACUCACAGCAAAACAUCAACAGCUUCUCACACAGCCAUUGGGGCUUUGGUGGAUGGAAUAGCUCCCGGAUUAUGUCCGGAUUGGGAAGAUUGGAAUUCCGGAGACGCAGUGAAAAACGCGGGAGAUGCCAUGACAGCAGCCGAAGUGUGGCUCGGAGUUCCUCAGCUAAUAACUCCAGAAGAGAUGUGUAACAAGAGUAUCGACGAACAGAGUAUGAUGACUUAUCUAUCACAAUUCACAACGUCGAAAUUGAGGGAAGGUGCCCCUUUGAGACCCAAGACAAACGUUUCUCGGGCUGGCGAGAACGUUGACUUCACAGUCGAAACCUUCAAAGCAGGUAAAGGAGAGUUAACUGUUGAGAUAGUUGGUCCGGAUGGCAAAAUAACCAAUAUAGAGCCAGUCUUCAACAACGACACCUACCUGACAUACACGUGCAGUUACACACCCACCUCGCAAGGUCAAUACCAGGUCAAGGUCAAGUAUUCCGGCAGGGAAAUCCCCAAAAGUCCGUUUGUAGUGAGUGUUGAAAGGUCAUCUAUCGACCCCAAAAGUGUCCUCGCCUCUGGACCCGGCCUCACAAACUCUGGCCUUUACGUUGGGGAGGAGACAUUUUUUGAUGUCACUCAUCAUGAUGUUGGAACGUGUAAGCUGGAAUCCUACAUCGUAGAUCCGACUGGAGUAAAAUCGUCGACUAGAGCGAAAGUAACAAAAAUAUCCGAUGCCGAAUCGGUAGUUAGUUACACCCCGCUCAUCCCUGGCGUGCACACCGUGCAUGUUAAUGUGGAUGGACUUCCGGUACCAAACAGUCCCUUCACUGUUCACGUUCUGCCUAAGUUUGAUCCGAACAAGUACCUGGUUUCGGGCAGAGGCGUUCAGAAGAGUGGCGUCAGGUUGGGUGACCUUGUCGCUUUCAAGGUCACUCAUGAAGAUGGCCAUGAAAUCGGUCAAGGUGAUCUGAAGGUUGAGGUCACCGAUGAUUGUGGUAACAUGCUACAGAUAAACAAUUCAACACUUCUAUAUACCUACGAACCGAAAGAACCCAGCCAGCAUCGGAUCUCGAUAUUCGUUGGUAGUUCGAAUAAUAAUUCAGAGCAACAGCACAUCGCUAAAAGUCCGUACGUGGUUGAGAUUAAAGGUCAAAGGGAUUGCAACAUGGUGGUUUACGGGCCCGGGCUGUCAAGAGGUGUGGUCGGAAGGAUGUGCUCUUUCUGUCUGGAGGCCAAUGGAGAAAAUGGAUCUUUGGCGUUUCAGAUCGAAGGCCCCUCUCAAGCGCAAAUUGACUGCCUCGACAACGAAGACGGUUCGGCCCUAAUUUCAUACGUUCCCGUUCAAGCAGGUGAGUACGCGAUCCACGUGAUGUGUGAUGAUGACGACAUCAGCGGUUCGCCCUUCAUAGCAGACAUCAUCGAUGACGAUGACCCUAACUUUAAACCGGAAAAUAUCCAGGUUAGUGGACCAACAAUUGCUGACAGACACCGCCUACUCGUCAAUACGCCCACCCAAUUCAGUGUUGACCAUCUGAGGGCGGGAAAAGGUCAACUGGCCGUGGGAGUUUUUGACUCUGAGGGCAACACCGUUUUAUCUCUGAGAGAUGUGUCGUUUAAGAAUUCCAAUAAAGAUAAUUUGCGCUCAUACGAGUUAACGCCGAAAGAGUUAGGCAGACACAACCUGCUCGUCUCAUAUAAUGGAUCGAUGGUGCCCGGAAGUCCGUUUAAAUUGACAGUUCUGGAGCCUUCUGACCCAGCGAAGGUAAAAUUGUACGGACCCGCUUUGGAGAAUGAUGCCGGCGACGUCUCCAUCAUGCUUACGUACGAAACGGGACAGGACGUUCCAAUGGUAACAGAAGAUGAAGGGACGAACUCAUUCAAGGUGACCUUUACCCCGACAAGGAUGGGCAAAAUUGAGGGUAAAGUUUAUUUUGGAGAGGUUGAAAUUCCCGCCAGUCCAAUAUUCUUCACCUGUCGUUCGCCGAUCGAUCUAUCUGGGGUGAAAGUUCACGGACUUGAUUCAAAGAAGUUUUUAGAAUCGCCGAAUGAGUUGAUCAUCGACACAAGUUCUGUCUCGGCAGCCGGGGACCUGAAGGUCGUAUCGAGGUCACCGUCCGGUACACGUGCACUCGUUCCGAUGACCCUUGACUUUGCGAAAGGUCAAGGAGUUUACUGUGGGCUAUUCACUUUUUUCGAAGAAGGAGCCCAUAAUUUCGAUAUAAGGUACGACAACAUCCCGAUCCGGAACGAUCCAUUUGUGGUUGAGGGGGUGUCAGGAUGUGAUCCCAGCCAUGUCAAAGUCUACGGAUCUGGUCUUAAGCAAGGGCUAACCAACCAUACGCAAACACUCCAAGUAGCGACCCGUGGUGCUGGACAGGGCACUUUAAAGGUAUCGAUAUUCGGACCGACAGCUGAACCGACAAAAACUACCUGUCGAGACAAUGGAGAUGGCACUUGCUCGGUUGAGUACAUCCCUAAAGUUAGGGGCACGUACAAUGUGGAAGUUACAUUUGCCGGCCAACAUGUUGAUGAAAGUCCAUAUCGAGUCGAGAUAAAGGACGAUGUAGACAUCUCAAAAAUCAAAUUCUUCGACCUGGACAACCUCCAGGUCAAAAAAGGUCAAACUUCGAAGUUCAAGGUCGACACUAAGUCAUGCGGUAGGUCGGAUCUCAAGGCUGUCAUUACUGACAUUCAUGGUUCAUCACGUGAUCUAGCAAUAACCUCACUUGCUCCUGGUCUUUUCGAGGUCGUUUUCGCGCCAUCUGAAGAGGGCUUGUACUGCAUCGAUGUAUACUACGGAGGUCAAAAGGUCAAAUCAAGCAGCAAAGUGCAGGUGAUGCCGGCAUUCGACGCCUCUAAAGUCAAGAUGUCCCUCACUGGCAACAACAUCAACAACAACAACCACGCAACAACAACAACAACAACGAUCGCGCCAUCAACGACAACAUUCGCAACGUUAACAACUACUCUGGAUGUUGACGUCAGUGAGGCUGGGGAGGCUGAUUUGAACGCUUCUGUUGAGGAUCACCUGGGAGAGGAACUGGCCAAUCGCAUCACUCCGUUGGGCCAGUCUAAAUAUAGAAUCGAAUUUCAGCCAAUGAGAGUAGGCCACGUGAUCGUCUAUGUGACGUACGGUGGAGAACACGUCAUCGGGUCACCGUUGAGAAUCCCCGUUCUGCCAUCUGGUGACGCCAACCUUGUCAAGUUGUUAGGUGAUGAGUUGGAUAAUGAAGACUACCGGAUACCGAUUGAUCAUUCGAAAGCCGGCCUGGGUCGUACCACUUUCUCACUGAGGGGCGAUCGAGUCGGCGAUGUUGGCGCAGAAAUUUUAGAGAACAAUUCUGAAGGGGUUUGCGAGAUUUUGUACCAGCUGCCAGAAGAGGAUGUAUACAGAGGUCGCGUGCAGUUUGGAGGUCAGGAGGUCACGGGGUUAUCCUUCGUGCAGGAGGAGGCAGCUAUACAACAACUGAUCUCUCUCAACAACAACAACAACAUUGAUAACAUCGACGCAACGACAGCAACUUCAACGACUACAACUACCACGACACGCAUCAACAGGCAGCUAUCAAACGGCCAUCAUCAUCAUCACCAUCAGACGAAUGGUUAUCUUGAUGGCACCAACGUCAGUCUGGUGAUGUUCGACCGCCUCGUCUUCAACAUACCCGUUGGUCCGGUUAUUGGGUUUGUACAAGCUCGGAUUACUACUCCGAAUGGGAUCACGGAAAUCCCCGAAGUUAUAAAUAACCAGGAUGGAACGGUAACAAUCAGUUACCUGCCGUACAAAGAAGGCUUAUACACCCUGUCUAUCGACUACAACGAUCAACCACUGCAGGGCUGUUCCCCCCUCGAGUUCAAAGUGGAACGACCUUCGAUUAUUAAUAAGGUCAAGGCCGUCGGUCCGGGUUUGGUUGCCGGUGUUUCCGGCGCGGUUUGUCGGUUCGCUAUUUCCAUUCCUGGUGAUGUGGAUUUUGCUGGACUAGCAGUUUCAAUAGAUGGUCCAUCGAAAUGUCCGAUCGAUGUCGAAGAGGCGAGAGAUGGCUUGCUGAACGUCACCUACCUGCCCUCCACAGCCGGUACCUACUCCCUAUCCAUUUUUUACGGGCAUCAUCACAUCCAGGGUUCGCCUUUCACUGCCCGCAUUUUACCUUCGAGUAGGGAUCUGACCCUAGCAGAGAUGUACAUUGGCUCACGUGACAACAAAGAGCCGGUGGACCUUGACCUCACCUUCAAUGUUAAGGAUCUUCAAGCGAUCACGUGCUCUGUGACGUCAGCCAGCACAGGAUUGAAACAAAACGUUCCGUUGAGGAUUAUGACUGGAGGGAAACUCGGUGAGGGCGCGCUAUUCUCGCCGAAAACUGAAGGCGAAUACACGUUCGAGUUAUUUAGGUCGGGUCGUUCCAUAUCUAGGCCACCUAUUAAGAAGUACAUCAAGUGCAACCAGUGCACGUGCACUGACGUCAACAAGGUCAAAGUUCGAGGUCCUGGAUUGGUCCGCCCUCGAACUGAAGAGUGGAACUAUUUCAUUAUAGAUUAUAGGAAUGCUGGAACUGGCGGACUGAACAUUAGCAUUGACGGGCCGAGCAAGGUACAAAUGAACUGCAGCGAUGAUAACAACAAUGAUGAUUAUGACAAUGGAAUUAAUGACGAUGACGUCAUUAAUUACAGUGAUGACGUCAUUAAUUAUGCUAAUGAUAAUGGGGAAUUUAAUGGUGGGAAGUAUGGUGUGAGUAAGAUUGGGUUCAAGCCUGCGAAAGCUGGCAGUCCUUUCAUAUUAAAAGUGGCUAGCAAUGAUAAUAAUGAUGAUGAUAUCUACUGUGGUAAUGAUGAUGAUGGCGACAGUGGUGGUGGUGGUGGUGGUGGUGGUGGUGGUGGUGAUGGAAUUGUGGACCAAUCAUACUUGGCUAUCAGUCAGAUCGGAAAAGAGAGUUAUCUGAAUUUGAACAUUCCAGGCGUUAUAAAAAACGAACUCCGUGUCUUCGUCUGUGGGCCGUCUGGUCAUUUGGACUCCUGCUACUUCAAACCGACAUCAUCAUCAUCACGUCCACCACAAUCGUCAUCAUCACCGAUGGUCGGUGCUAGUAACGAUGCCGUUGGUCAUUACUCUAUCGCUUUCAUCCCAAAAGAGGCUGGAAUCCAUUUGGUUCAUGUCAGUAGGAGAGGUCAGCCCGUAACUGGUUCUCCAUUUCGUUUCUUAGUCGGUCCGUUAUUUGAGAGCAAGGUGGGAAAUAUCAAGGUCAGCGGUGAGGGCUUGUUCCGCGGUUGUGUUGGGGUAGCAGGCACAUUCACAGUGGAUACGAAAGAUGCGGGCGAUGGCAACCUAUCCAUCACAAUGGAGGGCCCCAUGAAACCCGAUGUCAGCUUCAAAGACAAUCACGAUGGCACAUGUACCUACUUACUCUCGGUACGUUUUAACGGCCAGCACAUUACUGGCUCGCCAUAUUCGAUACUGAUUGAUGGACGUGGUGAUGGUGAUGGUGGUGGUGGGGGAACGAUGGAUCGAAUGGAAAAGAAAAAGAAGAGAUAUAUGCCAAACGAGCCGAUAGCGUACGAGGUCACGGCAUCCCAGGUCAAAGGUCAACCUCUGGUCAAGGUCGUUUCUCCGAGAGGUGAUGUCAUAUUGCCGAUCGUCCAAUCACUGGAUGAUGAUAAUUACGUCGUUCGCUUCUUACCGCACCACCCCGGUCUUCACAGGGUCGAAGUGACGCAGAUGGGCAGACCCCUCUCUAACUCCCCCUUCAAACUCUUUGUCGGCGAUUUGACCUCUAACCCGGAAAAGGUUAUUUGCUCGGGUCAAGGUUUGACCUCUGGACAUACUGGCGAGCACCUAAAGUUUCAAGUGCACACAGAAGAGGCGGGGUGUGGUUCGCUAGAGGUCGCCAUCGACGGACCUUCAAAAGUCAACAUUCGUUGCCUCGACCUUCAAGUUCGACCUCUGACCUUUGUCUACGUGCCUCACUGCCCUGGCGUUUACAAAGUGAGCGUUCUGUUUGACGGCAAGUCAGUGACUAAAAGUCCCUACAGAGUGAAAGUUAAAGGACCGGGUCAACCGCUGCCCUGGAAUGAGCUGUCGAAGUGUGAAGUCCUCAUCCCAGCCACUGAUGACUUGUGUGGGGUUUACACAUCCUGCAAUGAAUGCCUUGGAAAAACCAUCAGCAACAUCACAAAGUGUUAUUGGUGCACAGGGAAUGAGAGCAGUGGAGUUUGCCUGUCGUAUCCAUCCAGCGAUUCGUGUCCAUUUGGUAAAUCAAGAUGGCAGGCCUGCUUCAUUUCUUAUGACAUUAUGAUUUUGUGUCUGGCCAUACUUGCUGUCCUCAUCGUUCUCUUCCUCCUUAUCACUCUCUACUGCUCCUGUAAGAAAUGCUUCAGAAAGAGGGCCCAGAGGAGAGAGGAUGUUGAAAACAGAAGGCAUACCUUGGAAAACGAAGAGAGAAGAACGAGAAAUGAACAGAGGGCCAUUGAGAGAAGGGUGAAGUAUGAUGAGAUACGCCAAAAAUAUGGUUAA